AUGGGCACUCAAGCUAUGCAUAGAUAUUAUAAAGAAAAAUCAAUAUUUCUGAUACAAACCUUGACAAUGGAGAGAAGUGACAAAAAAGAAAAAAAUGUGCAACCAAGUACAAAAAGUAAACCAAGACGUUUAUUAAGUGUAAAAAGUACAAAUUCAAAGGAACGAAGUCAAGAAGAGGAAGGUGGGGGCCUUCCACCAGAAAUGCACAGCAAACUACAAAAUUUGUUUAGAUUAAUUGAGAAAGAAUUUGAGCGUCUUCAUCAAGAAAAUGUUUCAUUGACAGACAAGAUUGAGCUGCUGACAGAAAAAUACAAUUUAUUAGGGAGUAAUACAGAAAAAGUCAAUAACGUUGAGAAAUCAGACUUGAAUGUUGAGUAUACGGACACAUCUAAUAAAGGUUCAAAAAAACCAUCAACAAGUCAGUUGAUGUCACAAAAGUUAAAAACAACUUACAAAGCUUCAACAAGUAAAAUUGUAUCAAGUUUUAAAAUUCCAAACCAAGGUGGUGGUCUUUACUGUCAGUUAGUACAGAAAUAUAAUGGUCAUCGUGAUGGUAUAUGGGAGGUCAGUUGUUGCAGAUCUGGACAAGCUGUUGUGGGAACAGCAUCUGCCGAUCGCACAGCUCGUAUUUGGAAUAUUGAAACCGGGCAAUGUUUAAUAUCCUACCAUGCACACAAUGGUUCCGUAAAUUCAAUUCGAUUCCAUCCAACAGAUUCUUUGGUAUGCACAGGAUCAGGCGACGGUAGCUGUCACAUAUGGAAGGUUCAAAUACCAACGAUAUCUGAUCUAAAAAGUAAAUCGCCUUUAGAAUCUCCUGCGGGUUCUGGAGAUGAUGAGCAGGAGGACGAUAUAGACACUGCGGAUAAUCAACAAAUCAGUAAGAUAAAAGUUCCAGUGAGUGAAUUCACGGGACAUGAAGGACCUAUCGCAUCUGCUGAUUGGUGGUCUAACGGAACUCAAAUUGUGACUGCAUCAUGGGAUAGAACAGUAAAACUAUGGGAUGUCGAGGAAGAGAAAGUUAUUCACACUUUAGAAGGUCAUGAGUUGGAAAUCACGCACGCGUCUGCACAUUCCGUUCAAAAAUUAAUCGUGACGUCAUCACAGGAUACGACAUUUCGUUUGUGGGAUUUCAGAUUACCCACAAUGCAUUCUGUAAAUGUUUUCCAAGGUCAUACCGACACGGUUACUUCUGCAGUUUUCACCACGAAAGCUGACCACGUUGUCAGUGGGAGUGACGAUCGCACUGUGAAGGUUUGGGAUUUAAAAAAUAUGAGAUCACCAUUGGCAACCAUACGAUUAGAUUCAGCUGUUAACAGGCUAUCGCUCUCGCCUACGCAGAACGUAAUCGCCAUUCCACACGACAACCGACAAGUUCGACUCUAUGAUCUGUCAGGAAACCGAUUGUCUCGCUUACCUAGACGUCACCGACAGGGUCAUCAACGAAUUGUUUGCGCUACAAGUUGGCUCGAUGACACAAACACAAGAAACAUUCAGCUUUUUACAGCAGGCUUCGAUAAACAAUUACUUGGAUGGAAUGUCGUUUUUUAAAGCCCUAUGUUUCGAGAUUAUUACAGCCUAAGGCGGUGCGUCGUUUGCCAACAGAACUACGAACAUGAGCGGCACGUUCCGUAACUGUGCUGAUUGUGUCAAACGCAAAUAACGUAACGUGCAGUUGCAAAGAAACAUCGACAGUAAAGGAAUGCUAACGACUCGGUAGAGAAAAAUUGAAUUAUAAGUUAUUUAUUUCCAGCGCAUGUAUUGAAAUGUAGAAUUUAAAAUUAGGAAAGAAAAAUGCUAUUUUACAGAAACAUGUA